UGGGACCCGGUCCUGUCGGCAUGCGCAGAGGAGGCUCUCGGCGGGUCGAUGGACGAUCGGGAGUAUUCCCUGACCGCGGCGCAGAAAGCGGUGAAGGAGAAAUAUCCGCCCGUCAGCAAGAAGUACGAAUACUUGGACCACACUGCAGAUGUACAGUUACAUUCAUGGGGCGAUACAUUAGAAGAGGCAUUUGAACAGGUUGUAAUGGCUAUGUUUGGAUAUAUGACUGAUAUUGAAACGGUGCAGCCAUUAACAACAAUUGAAGUAGAGGCUGAAGGACAUGACAUGUUGUCUCUGCUCUACAAUUUUAUGGAUGAAUGGCUCUAUCGAUUCAGCGCAGAAAUGUUUUUCAUUCCAAGGGAGAUGAAAGUGAUUCACAUGGAUAGAGUUAAUUAUAAGAUUCGAUCAAUUGGGUGGGGAGAAGAGUUUGAUUUGGACAAACAUCCUCAGGGCACUGAAGUCAAAGCCAUCACAUAUUCAGCGAUGCAGAUCCAUGAAGAAGAGAAACCUCAAAUUUUUGUUAUAGUUGAUAUUUGAUUUUCAUUUAAAUGGUUUUAAUUUUUCUUGUGUAUUUUGAAAUGUGUGCAGUGUAAACUUUGACUUUUUCUUGUAAUAACUGAUUCAGAUAGUGUAAGACAGAUAAGUGCCCCGAUCAGGAGAAUAGUCUCAACUAUUUAUGUUUAAGAUCCAGCCCUUUUCAAUUGAUUAAAAGAUUCACAAUAACAGGUCACAGAAGAACCAGGUCUUCUGUAGUCUGCCUUUUUAAGUGAAACAUAAUCAGAAUGGAUGAUUUGGCAACUGUAGAUGGAUCUAAUGAACUGGACUGCUAUGUCCUAUCUAGGAGAAAUAUUAGUCCAACCAAUCAAGAGCAGUUCUGAAUUUCACCUGUUUUUUUUUUCUUUUAAUGUAAUUGUCACCUUGUUGAAGUGGAUGAAUUCUUAAAAUUUCCUUCAGAAAUGACUGAAAGAACUGGCAAUGUCACUGCUGUUGGAUAGACCUUCUUGAAGAUUGACUGAAGUUGCAGUUAUUGUUAGUGAAAACUUACAUUUUUUAUUGCAUAUGUAACUUUUGCAAAUUAAAAGACAUGACUGAGAAAUCUGAAUGACACUUCCAGUGAAUCCCAAAUCAGUUCAUCAGCAGUGCAAAAGGGAUUACUUUUCCAUGCAGCAAUGUAGUGUUUUAAUGAGACUUGUACUCAGUGCCACAGAUGGUGCAGGAUAAAACAAAAAUGUAAUGCACCAUCAACUUUUUCUGCACAUUCAAUGUUAAAUAUAGGUUUGGGAAAAUAAAAUGCUAAACUAUCA